AUGGCGAAACUAACAACAAAACUAACAGUAAUAGCAGUGUUUGGUGCAUUGUGUUUCAUCGGAGCUCUAGAAAGCGGAGUCUUCAUGACAGUAUUCCAUGUCAGUCAAUGGACAGACGUAAAAAUGAACACAUCAUCCCGACUCAUGUUAUAUUCCAACACCGUCUUAAUAAGAGAAUCUCAGGUGCCCAGUUACCAGAAGUAUGAAGAGUGUAAAGCCCCUAUAACAAAGGUGGUAUUCUUGAAGACAUACAAGACGGGGAGUACAACAGUUUCAUCAAUACUCUCACGUUUUGGACUUGGACACAACUUGUCGUUUGUAAUACCUGCCCAACAUCAUCCAGGUUAUUUCUCGAGAACGGAACGUUUCAACAGUGAAAUGGAGACACAACUAUUGCCACCUCUUCCAGGCUCCCGAUACAGUAUGUUAGUUAGUCAUGUUCCAUUCAAUAAAACGGCAAUAAACAACGUGAUUCCAAAUGCUACAUUUAUAACAAUAUUACGUCAUCCUGUAGCUGCAUACGAGUCAAUUUUUGGAUUCGCAGCAAUUGCUGAUCACCUUCAUAUGAAUUAUACAAGCAAUGAAGAUCCAUUCGAAAUGUUUCUGUCAAAUACAGACUUUUAUAUGAACCGCACUAAAAGUUUAUACUACAGAACAUUACUGCGAAAUAGACAAAUAUUUGAUGUCGGACUUGACCCUAAGAACUACGACAAUGAAACACUUGUGGAACACGUGAUACAACAAGCAACAAAUGAUUUUGAUUUGGUGAUGAUUACUGAGUAUUUUGAUGAAUCUCUUAUUUUGUUGAAGCAGCUUUUAUGCUGGGAAUUUGAAGACAUUUUAUAUGUACAUCAGAAUGCGAGGAAAAACCGUCCACGAUUCAAAAUUGACGACUGGAAACGACAACGAAUAUUUGAAAUAAACAGCGCUGAUUAUAAACUGUAUCAACACUUCAACAAAACAUUCUGGCAUAAGGUUAGGGCGUAUGGUGAUAGUUUCUAUGAUGACUUGGUGACAUUUCGAGGUAUGUUACAGAAGGUGCCUUUAGAGUGUUUAGAUAACGGGGGUUCUGUAAAUGAGAAUAAACAUCCUGUGAAUAAAACACGUGUAAAAGACAUCGCACAUAGUUACUGUACAAAUAUAAAAACCUGGAAUUUCGAUGAAAUGGAGGCGAGACAACAAACCAAAGGACGCAACACCAAGAGACAUGUUCCAUAA